AAGAAGAAGAUUAAGUCGCCAACAACACAACGUCAAUACCGGAAAUACUACACGAACAAAGAGGAGAACAACAUGAGACUCAAUCGUAUCGAUUGUGCUGUGGACAAACGUUUUUAAGGAUACACUACGCGAUUCUCCUCUCCUGGAACCCAAUGAUCCCAUUGUUGGACAGGCCUUCACCUUGCCAUCAUCGACRWAUYGGACAAUGGAAGAAGAGAGCCAGGACUGUGUCAGAGUGUCUGACAGCUCAGCUGAGSCCAUGGAGGAGUUAAGCAUCACAGAAUGUAGAGUAGUGGACCAGAGCCUGUGUACUACUGAUCCUCCCAUGAGGUCUCUUGAAAACUUUGAACCAGAAAUCUAUGAUCACGAGGGCAAGGGAGCAUACAGGUUCCAGUGCCCCAGUGCAGGUCUGUUCCAGUGCAGUAUAACAGGCCUGGUGUUUAGGAUGGAGGGAGAGGGAGAGGUGUUCUAUAAGACAGUCCACUGGGACAGGAGGCUUCUAUCCCAGAGAGGCAAGAGACCUGCAGGACCCCUGUUCAACAUCGACUGCCCUCAGAAGUCUGUCUGUCAACUACACCUCCCACACUGUCAGAUUCAUUCUGAUGGUGGAUGUGACUUCCUGUCUGUUGCCCAUGUGACUGAUGACAACGUGGAGUUUCUCCCUCCCCAUGAGACAACAGACACACAUGUCAUAAUAAGCAUCAUUGGAUCCUCUGCUUAUGGUGAUGUCACGGAUGAGGAUGCUCCCAUCUCCCCUAUCCAGGGGCUUGUGUUGUUGUUCUACCAACCGUUUGUCUCUGAAAAGAGGUCCAUCCUGAAUGUGUUGUUGCUUCCCAGAAAUGUUGUGAUCAGGGAGGUGCAAGAGGAGAGGAAGAGGAGGAAUGGAGACAAAGAAACCUUUGUUGAAACAAAUCCUCACUGCAAUCUAACCCCGAAGAAAGCAUACAUCCUCUCCACAGAUAUUACAGAUGGAUAUAAGAUCACCCCAAGAACAGCAGAAUUUAUGGAUUUCCAGUCCUAUGAAAACUACUUCCCCACAUUUCAGUUGUUCUUGCUGACUGUUGUUAAAGAYUUUGAUKUURUUSUGAAAGAAAAUGGCAGCACUGAACAUGAAUGGGAGAGACGUGUCUGGCUUCCAGCUCCUGUCCUGGUCCAACCCCAUGGGCCUGUGGCACCAGUACCAGCAGCUUCUGUCCAGGCCCAGGCUCAUGGCCCUGCAGUUCCUAUCCAGCUUCAGGCAGUUCCAGCUCCGCAUCAGCCUGCACCUCAGCCAGCAGGCCCCGCCCAGGUCCAGCCUCAUGGGCCUGCAGCUCCUACUGCUAUUGUCCGUCCAUCUGUCCGUGAAGAUUAACUAGACUUGAGAUAAUCAAAUCAGCGGCUUCCAAAUAAACAUUUAAUGAAAAGUAUCUUAAAGGAGCAAUCUGUGAUUUAGUAGAGCUGGGAAUUUCCAGGCACCUCUCAAUACAAUACUUAGGUGCCGAUACGAUAUGUA